GCUAGCUCUUCACGAACUCCUCAAUCCAGCUCCUGGACAGACCUGUCGCCCGUCAGUCAACAUGGCGAACCCGCCUCCUAUCGUCCUCGAUGGCGGUACCGGCUUCCUCAAGGUCGGUUACGCGGCCCAAAACUUUCCCGAGUUUCAGUAUCCUUCCAUCGUUGGCCGGCCUAUCCUGCGUACCGAGGAGAAGGGUGCUGGCGACAGCGACCUGGUCAUCAAGGACAUCAUGUGUGGUGACGAGGCCGCUGCUGCCCGCACCAUGCUGCAGAUCAGCUAUCCCAUGGAGAACGGCAUCGUCAAGAAGUGGGAUGACAUGCAGCACCUCUGGGACUAUACCUUCUUCGAGAAGAUGAAGGUCGAUCCCACCGGCCGCAAGAUCCUCCUGACUGAACCCCCCAUGAACCCGCUCAGGAACCGUGAGCAGAUGUGCGAGGUCAUGUUCGACCGCUACGGAUUUGGCGGUGUCUACGUUGCCAUCCAGGCCGUCCUGGCCCUCUACGCACAAGGUCUCAGCUCUGGUGUCGUUGUCGACUCGGGUGACGGCGUCACUCAUAUCGUCCCUGUCUACGAGUCCGUUGUCCUCAACCAUCUUACCCGCCGCCUCGACGUGGCGGGCCGCGACGUCACCCGCAACCUGAUCGCCCUGCUACUGCGCAGGGGUUACGCCCUCAACCGAACUGCCGAUUUCGAGACGGUGCGCCAGAUUAAGGAGAAGCUGUGUUACGUGAGCUACGACCUGGAGCUCGACAAGCGCCUGAGCGAGGACACGACGGUACUGGUGGAGAGCUAUACCCUGCCAGACGGGCGGGUUAUCCGCGUCGGAAGCGAGAGGUUCGAGGCGCCCGAAUGUCUCUUCCAGCCGCACCUGGUGGACUGCGAGCAGCCGGGCAUCGCCGAGUUUUUGUUCAACACGAUCCAGGCUGCUGACGUGGAUGUGCGCUCGUCCUUGUUCAAAGCCAUCGUCCUUUCGGGCGGAAGCAGCAUGUACCCGGGCCUGCCGUCACGGCUGGAGAAGGAGCUGAAGCAGCUGUGGCUGACGCGGGUGCUGGAGGGUAACCCGGAGCGCCUGAGCAAGUUCAAGGUCAGGAUAGAAGAUCCGCCGAGACGGCGCCACAUGGUGUUCCUGGGAGGUGCGGUGCUGGCCAACAUCAUGGCGGACAAGGAGAGCAUGUGGAUCACGAAGCAGGAGUGGGAAGAGCAAGGCCCCAGGGUGCUCGAGAAGCUGGGACCGAGGUAGUAGCAGUAGUAGUAGAAGCAGCAGCAGCAGCAGUAGUGGCGGGAAUCCGAGGAGCAGGACCGUGGGAGACGGACGAGAAGGACUCGCUGGGGAGGACGCCGAGACGGGUCUUUUGCGGUCAUUGUGUGGAUUAUCUCGCGGGCCUCCAAGAGAGAGAAGGGGAGGGAGAGAGGGAGAGAGCAGAGGAGACGAGAGACAAAAAAACGAGCAAUCAAGAACUUGUUUCGAUAC